AUGCCCAAGGAAGGAACAGGAGCGACCUCCUUCCACCUGGUGUAUGGGGGAGAGGUCAUCGUCCCAAUAGAAGUCAUAGUAGAAUCCGAUCGGAUCCGAGUCUACGACGAGAACAAUGCUGAGCGGAGGCAUUUGGAAAUGGACUUGGUGGACAAGACGCGAGCCAAAGCCGUCAUCCGGUUGAUGGCGUAUCGGCAGAGGAUGAAGCAAAACUACAACAGACGAAUAAUUCCCAAAUCUUUUCAGGUCGGUGACCUCAUCUGGAAGAAAGUCAAGCCGGUCGGCGAUAUGACCAAGCUGGGAGCUCCUUGGGCUGGACCGUUCAAGAUUGUAGAAAAGCUCCGUUCGGGCGCCUAUUACCUCGAGGAUGAAGACGGACGGAAGCUAGUGCGACCCUGGACUGCAAGCCACCUCCAGCCUUACCGAGCUGGAUAA